CGACAGAACACUGAGGCAUCAAUAAAGGACUAUUAUCUAAACUCGCUUCUUUGAUGUAGAGAAAUUUAAAAACACAACUUGUGAUAAUGCCUAAAAUAAAUUCGGACACAUUAUGGGAUGUUGCUGCAGCGGAGGUACGCAGCAGGGAGAACAGGACUGAUGAAGAGGAUGCUGAAGAGGACGCACACUUCCUCACACAGAGAACAGUCUUCUUCAUGGGCAGUAAAGCAGGGGGCAAAACAACAAUAUUACUGCGGUUUCUUGACAGAGAUGAGUCAGCUAAACCUACUCUUGCACUGGAGUACACUUUUGGUAGACGAGCAAGAGGGCAUAAUACGCCUAAAGACAUCGCUCAUCUGUGGGAAUUGGGAGGGGGAAUCUCCUUAUCGGACCUUGUUCAGAUUCCCAUCACGGCUGACAAUGUCAGUUCUUUAUCUGUAGUACUUGUUCUGGAUCUGUCUAAACCUAAUGCUCUGUGGGAGACCAUGGAAAGGCUGCUCGGAUCAGCUCGAAGUCAGGUGGAAAAAGUGUGUGCCGUACUCCAGAAGACAGGAGAAUCCAGAUCAGGCAAACAACGAGUCCCACGAAUCCUCCACAAGGACUAUCCGGAUCGAGAGCUCAUCAGCCCUUUUCCUGUUCCGCUUCUCAUAAUUGGCAGCAAGUUUGACAUCUUUCAGGACUUUGAUUCAGAGAAGAGGAAGGUGAUUUGUAAGACUCUACGCUUCUUAGCCCACUUCUAUGGAGCGUCAUUAAUCUUCACCAGCAGCAAGUCAGAAGCCUCAAUGUCUAAAAGCAGGAGUUUUGUUAAUCAGCUGGCAUUUGGGACUGAAAGACCAAAGUCAAUCUCUACAGACCCCAGCAAACCUCUGGCUGUUCCAGCAGGAUCAGACUCCCUCAGUCAGAUUGGUCCCCCUGUUUCCUCUGAGAUUGAUAUUGGGAGCCUACAUGCCAAAAACCCCUUAGACCUUUGGAAGAAGGUUUUUGAAAAGGUUUUCCCACCCGAGAACACCAAAGAACGCAAAGAGCUGAAAGAUCCUGCCAAAGACCCCCAGUACAGCGAGACCCUAAUAGACUCAAUCAGAGCCCAGAAAGACCAGGAGCUGGAGCAGUACAAGAGAGAACAAGCAAAGUCCUGGAAAAGUUUGGCUCUGGAUCCAUAGAUUUCAUUUAAAAAACCCUCAA